AUGUCUGGUCCUCUUAGCAAGAGCUUAGGUUUAUCUUCAGCUUCCACCAUCACCGAAGACGCCAUUAAUGGAACCGAGAAGCAAGGCAUGCCAUCUUCCGAAGAAUUCCCUGUCUUCGUUACAGACUCAUCUUCCGAAGGAGACGAUUGCCAAGACAAGGAGCUCGAAAAGCCAUGCCAGUUCGAUAUAUGGAGCUCCAUCAUUUCAAAGAAAGCCAACAACGACUCCUCCAUAUCGCUUCCCCCGCCUUAUGUCCACUCUCUCGUUAAAAGAUCAGCCAAUGGCUUAAGCGAGAAAAGCCUCGAAAUCUGCACCGAGAGCCUCGGUUCUGAGACUGGAUCCGAUGGGUUUUCUUCGUAUCCUCCGUCGGAGACCAGCUACGCGGAGGAAGAUCAACACGGAGUGCUCCAACAACAAAAAACUGCUUGUUUUGAUGAUGAAAACGAUCAGCCGAGGACCGUGAAAUGUAAUAAAUAUAAUGUGAUCGGGAAGAAAUCGCCACAGCACGGAUCGUUUCCUCCACCAAUAUCUUCGCUCUCUCGCAAAGGUGGUGCGUCGGUUCGUAUGGAGACUCAUCGUGAUAAUGGAAGAUUGGUUCUCGAAGCUGUUUCAGUACCUUCGAUGAAUAACUUCUUCGCUCAACGCCAAGAUGGUCGCCUAGUCCUCACUUUUGCCAAUACCAUUAAUGAAGCAGGAGUGUUUGAAAGCUUUGGAACAGAAGCAAACAUAUUUGACGACGAAGAAGAUGUAUGUCGUGAGAUGGAGCAUGGUAUUAAACUCGAGUGUGGAGCGACGAAUGUGCAUAGGUCAGCUGCGAUGAUGAACAAACCCUUAUGGUUUGCAAAUAGGAACCCAACAUGGCCCAAAUCAUUUGAUGAAAUAGUUGAGCCGACCGCCCCACCGCCCGCGCCGCGGGUGGCUAGACUGAUACCACCACCACAAUCAACAACAGCAGCCGCUUCGUUCAACGCAUAUGAGUACUAUUGGAGGAGGCACGAUCAGCCCAUGUCGUCAAAGGCAGCCAUCCUCACAUCAUUUUCUCAGCAAUCACCGCAACUGUUUUUCUCCAAGAAACAAACGGCUAAUGAUCAUCAUCAACACCAAAUGGUGGUUUUGAGAGGGAACAAUGGCCAUUACUUAGUUCCUUUGUCAAAAGGCUGCAAAGAGGCAUGGAGGUCUGUUAUAUUCUUGUUUCCAUAUUGCAUUGCCACUUCCUGA